AUGAGUGCAUCACACACACGCAUUUUUGCUCAUGUUUUGCGAAUUUAGAACGCCUUCCCAGUACUUCAAGAACCUGAAAUGAUGGUCAAGGGGACCUUUGAGAUGGAUCUGAAUAAAAUGGUCGUCCAAGCCGAUAAGCUAUACACAUUUGGAGAAGAUGGAAAUGUCUCCGUGUAUGAAACUCCGCUGGACAAAGGAGAAGAGUCUGCUGACUCUUUGAACCUGCAAUUAGUUCUUUCUGUUCACACCCACUCUUUCCUUGACCGAGGCGUGGCGGACGGAGCUGUCAGUUUAGACGGAAGUCAGAUAAUUGCGAUUGGGUUUGAUGGAACCUUCACAAGAAUCAGAUUAAUGGAUAAACCAAAGGAACCUAAUUGGGCCUUACUCGGGUUUGUCAAACCUAAAUUAUACGAGUACCAAAUGACUUCAUAUAAACGAGACCAAGAUCGCUUAGUAUCUGGGAAGAAACCACGCAACAGGUUGGAAAUGAUUAGAAUUCAAAUGGACAACCCCACCAUAUCUGCUUCACCGGAGGAUGAGGAAUUACAUGCCCUGAUAAGUGCCCAGCAGUCGGAAAGUGCAGCUCUUGCCAAUAAGAAGAAGAAGAAGAAGAGGAAAAGCAGGAAAGUUGUCAUUACGGGUGACGAAGAAGAAGAAGAGGAAGAUGAGGAGGAAUGGGUUUGCGAUGAAUGGUCAUCUGGUGAAACGGAAACUGAUGGCGAGCAUCAUUGCAAACAUUGGACUUCCACCUCACAGAGCGAGAAAACUCCAUCGGAUAGUCAAGAAAAGGACAAGAAAAAACGCCGAUCUCAAAUUCGCAAGGAAUUGGAAAGCGAAGCCGAGAAACUCAGAGAAGAGGCUCAGUCGCGUUCUCAGUCACAAUCACAAGAAGGGGGUGACGAAGGGGAGGCAAUAACGGAUGAAGACAUCAUGAUCCUAAUGCAACCAAAACUGUCCAUCAACGAGGCGGAAACAAAGGAGAAUGCAGAAGCACAGGCCAGGAAAAUUUUGGCCAAAGCAGAAAAGAAAUCUCGACGAAUGACCAUGAAAGCCAAGAAAAGAUACAAAAACGUCAAGUCAAAAAUUCAUCACCCAAAAAAUAUUAAAAAGGCUGCUGCCGAAUCAGAUGAAAAAUCAGAGGAACAUCAUUCUGCUCCGGCGAGUAUAGUUUCUAAAGAAGAGAGCACAACGAUGGAGGAAGAGGAUGAGACGGAAGACGAUGACGACAGUGAAAAAGAUGACGGAGGUUCUUCUUCCGGUGGAAAUAAUACGCAACUGAGCUUUGGGGGAAAACAUAGGAGAGAUAGGUUGAAAAACCAAAGAAAACUCAAGAUGGACCAAGAAGAAGACGAUGAUGUCGUAGAAGAACGCUUCCGAAAAGGGGGUGACUUUUUUGACGCCACAGAAUCCGUCAACAUUAUCCAGUUCUCGCGACCUCAAAACGAGACUGGAGGAGUCAUCAGAAUGUUUGAAGGGAUCGACCCAGAUGGAAUUUAUUGCGUCAGCUUUAACAUUCAAAGUGGUGAAAUCCCUGCUCCUGAAUACUGGUCAAGAUACGAGUACACUUUGCUGUAUCGACAGUUUCAACCCCGUUCUGCGAAGCUGCAAAGCGUUCUCAACAAAAUGAUGGAGCUUUUUGACACUGUUAUGAACUUGAAUAACUCAAGGGAGUCGAGAUUUCAAGUUCCAAUCACAGAGUUCAACUUGGAUGAUGACAUAGAAGCUAUUCUUCAAGAAAAGGGAAACAACUAUGCCAAAUAUUGUCAUGUCCAGAUGAUGGCAAGGAACAAGUUGAGACAUACUCGAAUUGAAAACUUUAAGAACUUGGUUUGGGACUGCUAUGCUCACAAAGGGAAAUUAUUUCUGGGUUACGAUUCACCAAUCAUAGUAGCAAAUUAUCCCCUCAAUUCUCACGAAAAGACUUUUGGAACGUCUGUGGAUCAGAGUCAGGAAGAAAGGAGGCUAGAACUGCGGAUCGAGUCUUUGGACGACGAGCUCGUAGAACUUGGAAAUCAUUACACUUUUACCAUAAUACAAUCUGAAAUGGAACACGUUGAGCCAGAAGCUCAAAAGAUGUACAUGAAAAGUAUGAUGAGCAUGGAUUUGGGUGGAAAAUUUGACGAAUUUAACGAAACGGAGGAUGACGAAGAAGAAGCUUUAAAAACAGUUUUACAAGAGUUGGGGCUAGGUGGUCGCCCAAAGAAGGACGGCAAAGGGUUGUCUCAACCCGAAAAAUCUGUUUCACUAUUUUCUAAAGCCAGCAAGGAAAAAGUUGGUGGAUCCGCGUUCGGUUCACGUUUGCCUACAAAGAAACGAGAACUUCGAAGUCAAGAAAGUACCCCUCGACCUGCCAGUCACACAAAGCAUCGCAGGAAGAAGAAGGAAGCCAAGAUAAGGCCACCCAGUGUAGCAAGACUCCGAAUGCAGUCAAGGCAGAGAAGGACCGAGUCAGAAAUGCCUAUUGCUGAAGAGCAGAGUGAAGCAGGAGGUGAUGAUGAAAAGCUUCAAAAGAAGAGGCUGGUUCAUAUUGGGUUCGCCAUGAGUGACUACAGUGGAGCAUCCUCGGCUGUGGAGGACACUGAGGACGAGUAUGAUGAUGACGUGCAAAGCGUAGCGUCCUCGGUUGCCCUGUCCAAGAAGGACAUACUGGAUACGAUUAAACCGAGCAAGGUGUAUAUUUUUGCCAGAGGUAUGUUUGGACCAUCGGGGGCAGCGGCAAGACGACGCAGCAAAAUGGACACGCUUCUUGGACCAACUCCUGGUCGGAAGAAGCGGAAGAAGGAGACGAAAGAAAAACAACCUGUUGUGGAACCCACAGCCCGACAACGACGCCACACCAAGAAGAUUAAGCCACUGAACGAAUUUGUUGUCCUCAGCGAGGAAGAGGGCGAGGAAGGGGAGGAGGAAGAGGAAUGGGAAGGGAUUGAUGAGGAAGAAGCAUUCUUGGACUUGAAAAGUGCCAGGUUUGCAACUAUGGAGGAAGAACAAGUAACACCAUACUUCAAUGUUCAACGCAUUUUUUCAGGAAAUUUGGAACAUGAAUUGGAGGACAUGCAUCAGUACAAACCGAAUCCGUAUCAGUACCAUCAAAUGGAAUUGAAAGCUCGACAUCACUUUGUUCGCCAAAUCAUGCUUGUCUCUGCCGACGUUUACAGACUCAAACUAUUUUUUGACGAGCUCUUUGACGAAGCAGGCAACUACAAGUCGGAAGUCUUGAGAAGAAUGCAGGAAAGGAAUGAGAGAAUACGAGAGAUUUACUACUAUCUUAAUUUGGACUUGGACAUUUUGGACGAUGUGAACAAUCCCAAAGAAGACCCUGGUGGAAUUUUUGUUGUGACUAAAGACGAGAUCCCCGUUGAAAAGUACUACACUGCAGCUCAAAAAGAACAACAAAGGCUGGAUGCUGAAGAGGCAGAACGUGCUCGUCAGGAGCUUGAAGUGAUGCGUCGUUGGGAGAUUGAGGAGGAGGAGGAGGCUGACCUAGAACGUGAGGAGGAAUUGGCCAUGCUUGCUGCUGAAGAAGCCGAAUUGGAGGAGGAAGAAGAAGAAGAAGAGGAAGCAGGCGAAGGGGAAUCAGAAGAAGCUUCUGAAGGUGCUGGCUCUGAAGAAGUCGCAGAGGAAGCGUCGGCUGAGGAAGGUGAACAUGGAUCAGAAGAAGGCGAAUGUGUCGAAGGGUCAGAAGGAAGUGAAGAGGUGUGUGGAUCAGUGGAGGAAGAAGAGGAGGAGGAGGAAGAGGAGGAGGAGGAAAUCAAUCCAUUACAAUAUUUGCUACUUCCGGGUGAGAAAAAAGAGGACAUUCUGCUCAAGCAAAUUCCCAAGCCGGCAUUUAUGCUGGAAAAGGGAAUGAUGGAAUAUACUUUGGAAGAAUUUAUGGCUGCAAGAGAAUAUCGUGAUGAAUGCGAAGUUCUGGAGAAGGAAAGGGCAAAAUUGACGAAAAACUUACAACAUGAACUGCAUACCCUCUACAAGGCAAAUGCCAAUGAUUACAACAGCAUAGAUCUACGACUCAACGAGUUGUUUAUGGCUAAAGUUCAGUUCCACUACAAUGUCCUCAUGGAAGAGUGCACAAUCAUGAGACUCGUAAGAUUGAUGAGAACUACCGAUGAUUGUCAAAAGGAGGAAGAUCGAGUAAACCUCAUGCUUCAAAAAUUACAAGAAGAAAUGAAAUCCACACAAAUGCUCGUGUCACAAUUGACAAUCAGAAAAAACGAGUGCAGGGAGCAGGAGAUGGUCAUUAUCGAACGACAGAACGAGUUGGAGAGAAAGUUCAGGAAGGACUUGGGCGACGUUGGACAUUAUUUGGCAUUUUUUAUGAAAAAUUACAAACGGAAACCCAAAAUCCAAGGGAAGAGCAUGGACAAGGCUGAAGUGUAUGAGAUGGGAAUCCACGCCCUUAAGUCGACAAAUCUUCGUGCAUUUGGGCGUGACAACGGGGAGCCGGCUCGUGCCGUCGUAAUGGCCCUAAUGGACAUUGAAGAUCCCAUGCUCAUCCCCAGUGGGUGUCCAAGAACCCAUUGGGACAAGUUUUGCAAACUUCGACGCAAAAGACUCAUUUGCGACUUUGAAAUCAAGUUUGAGCUUCUGGAAAUUGAGCACAUUUCGAAAGGAUUGCAAGAAUGCACUGAACGUGAAGAUAUGACGGCGAAAGCAAUGGCAGCCGUGCUAGCAAUUCUUUCUCAUCGAACGGAAAUGAGGAAUUAUUUAUUGUAUAAUACCGAAUUUCAGUUCAUUACUGGAAAGGGAAACGUAGAGAUUAAUUUCUGGGACGUGGAUGCACAUGAGAAUUCUGUUAUGACCCUAGCAAACAACAUAGAAAAGCUGAAUGCAAGGGUUGCAGCUUGCACAGAGCGCUACAUCAGAGACACGAAACGAUGUAUAUUUGUACACCGAGACGUUCGAGAUAUUGAAUGGAAAUUCAAAGUAGAACAUAGGACACGUCAAGAUUUAAAACAGCUACACCAUGAUGUCAGCAAUAGCAAGCCUACUAAAGAACUCCUUCGAGCCCAACGCUUAGGUGUGGACCUUGAAACGCUUCAUGAAAACCGCAUACAACGAGUCAAAAGUCUCCUUGAGGCUGCUGACAAGCAUCAACAGGCAUAUAUUGCCUCUAGGAAAAAGCUCAAAGAAAUGUAUCAACGCCAAAUGAAGCGUCAAGUAAAAAUUAACAAUAAACUACAGGAUUGGUUGGCUGUCGAAAAUCGAACCACGAGUCUGAUGAAACACACUUCCGUUUCAGCCACGCCGGAACAACGAGCUGAAAAGUACAAUGAACGAGUAUCAAAAUUCCUCGCAAAGGGUUACAUGAUCCGCAAAAUUCAUGACAAUUAUCAGACGAUCAACUACUUGGAAGCCGAGUUGGCUCGAUACUAUCAAAAAUCAUUUCCAUGCUUGUAAACUCUGGAUUUAUAACAGUUUCUAUUUUUAUACUACUAAUUAUCUAAAUGUAUGCUAUAAUAAAAGAUAUGAGAAAAA